CGCACUUUACUUUCCACAGCAGUCCCGCAGCUCGAUUAACCGAAGGCUCAGGCAGAAAGGCGAGCUUGGUAAGUUCUGCACAAGACGGGGCAUGAUGGUGCGGGCCAAGCUGAGGGUGUAGCCACAUCUGGCAGAGACCGCUGAACUAAGCAGGCGCCUCAGUACACCAGACCAUCUACUGCAGCUGGGAAGAUGGGAGAGACAGAGGAGGAGAGGGACAAUGUAGGGAAGCUGUUUGAGAACUUCAUCCAGGCCUCGACCUGCAAAGGAGCCCUUCAGGCCUUUAACGUCCUCUGCAGAUGCCAGAACCUCGACCCCGCAGAGCACAGCACCUUCUACAACAGUCUGAAGGCGAAGGUUACUUCCUGGAAAGCAAAAGCGCUUUGGAGUAAGCUCGACAAGAGGAUGUCCCAUAAGGAGUACAGAAAAGGCCAAGCCUGUGCAGGCACUAAGUGCCUCAUCAUUGGAGGAGGUCCCUGUGGCCUGCGGACUGCCAUUGAACUUGCCCUACUGGGUGCUAAAGUGGUGGUGAUUGAAAAGAGGGACUCUUUUUCCAGGAACAACGUGCUCCAUCUUUGGCCCUAUACCAUUCAUGACCUGCGGGGACUCGGGGCCAAAAAAUUCUACGGAAAAUUCUGUGCCGGAGCCAUCGACCACAUCAGCAUUCAGCAGCUGCAGUUGAUCCUGCUGAAGGUUGCCCUGAUUGUUGCCGUGGAGUUUCACAUCAAUGUGGAGUUUGUCAACCUGUUGGAACCUCAGGAAAAUGAAGGGGUUGGGUGGAGGGCUGCAAUCCAACCUGCUGAUCACCCCGUGGCUAACUUUGAGUUUGAUGUGGUGGUGGGGGCUGACGGACGCAGAAAUACCCUGGAAGGUUUCAAAAGGAAGGAGUUCAGGGGUAAACUGGCAAUCGCCAUCACAGCCAACUUCAUCAACAGGAACACCACCGCAGAGGCCAAAGUAGAGGAGAUCAGUGGAGUGGCUUUCAUCUUCAACCAGAAGUUCUUUCUUGACCUCAAAGAAGAGACAGGUAUUGAUCUGGAGAACAUUGUGUACUACAAGGACAACACACAUUACUUUGUCAUGACUGCCAAGAAACAAAGCCUGCUGGACAAGGGAGUCGUCAUCAACGAUUACUCAGACACAGAGAUGCUGCUGAGCGGUGAAAACGUCAACCAGGAAGCUCUUUUGUGCUACGCCCGAGAGGCUGCUGACUUUGGCACAAACUACCAACUUCCCACACUGGACUUUGCCAUGAACCAUUGCGGGCAGCCAGAUGUAGCAAUGUUUGACUUCACUAACAUGUACGCCUCUGAGAACGCUGCUCUGGUCAGGGAGAGAUUUGGACACCAGUUGCUGGUAGCACUGGUUGGCGACAGUCUGCUUGAGCCCUUCUGGCCAAUGGGAACAGGCUGCGCCAGAGGCUUCCUGGCUGCCUUCGACACUGCCUGGAUGGUAAAGAGCUGGGCGCAGGGUCAGCCGGUCCUCGAAGUGCUGGCAGAGAGGGAGAGCAUUUACCGACUACUACCACAGACAACCCCUGAAAACAUUGCCAAAAACUUUGAGCAGUACACCCUAGACCCAGCAACUCGAUACCCCAACCUCAACUCUACCUGCGUCAGGCCUCACCAGGUGCGUCAUUUGUACAUUAGCGGACAGCUUAACCCCUGCUCUCUCGAGCGUGCCGCUACCAUACGACGGCCUGUCAAUCUCUCCAGACGAGAUUCAGAGGUCAGACCAGCGAGGCUUCUCACUUGGUGCCAGAAGCAGAUGGAGGGCUACAGGAAUGUGAUAAUCACAGACCUGACGUCUUCUUGGAAAAAUGGUAUCGCCCUCUGUGCCCUCAUCCACAGAUUCAAGCCUCAGCUGAUAGAUUUUGACUCAUUAAAUGAGGAGGACCACGUUGCAAACCUCCAGCUGGCCUUUGACAUCAGUGAGCGGGAAUUUGGGAUUCGUCCAUUCACAUCUGCGAAGGAGCUGAGUGAAGAGGAGGAGCUGGAUAAAACCAAGAUGAUCAACUACCUGUCCAAGUUCUACGAGCUCUUCCGCGGAACGCCUCUACCUGCAUCAGGUUCCAGAGGAGUGGAUGAAAACAAUGAAGAUUAUCCGUCGAAGGAAGUCAAAAGUAAUAAUAAUGUGCUCAAUCUUGCACUGACCAGGAAACGGGUGCCAAAGGAAGAGAAGAAGCUAGACGGUACAGACCCCAUUUACAAAAGAAGGCGGAAGUUCUGCUAUUUGGAGGAGGCCACUAACUUGGCCAGUAAUGGCUCCACAGUACGAGACAGGCCGGAUCCAAAGGAAAAUAAAGUGCGCUCUAUGGCUACGCAGUUGUUGGCCAAGUUUGAAAAUAAACCGAACUACACCAUCCGCAAAACACAGGGCGACUCAGUACGAAAGGCAUUUCCCCCGUCGGGUGACAAAUGUCACUCGUGUCAGAAGCGUGUUUAUAUGGUGGAGAGGAUCUGCACCGAGGGGCUUUACUUCCACAGGGAGUGUUUCCGCUGUUCGACCUGCAGCUCUGUUCUUCGACAGGGAGCGCAUGCUUUCCACUCUGAAGAGGGGAAACUCUACUGCAAACUGCAUUUUGAUCAGCGGAACAAUGGGACGAGCAUACGGAGGACUUUCUCUCUACCCUCAAAUCGUGAUAGCAUUCAGGAGCAACGUCCUGCUGAUGAAGAUAUCACCCCCUCCAGCAGUCCGGCAGACCUGCAGAGUGAACCCGCAGCAGGUACCUUCAGCUCGUUCAUGAGGAAACAGCUGAGCUGGCCUCUGAGUGUGACUCGUGCUGUGUGCAACGCCCCCCGGUAUCUGUCCCAGCGUGCGUGUCAUGCAGCACGGGCCUUUGCCGGCCACCUGAGAGACAACGCACAGGACUACACGUUGCUGUAUGAGCUACUGAGCAUGAGCUUGCCCCUGCUGUUUGUUUUACAAGAAGUACUGCUGCAGAUGUACACAGAGGCUGUGCCUGAUGGGCCGAGCUCUUUAGAGCCUUUACUGCUUUGGCUGCAGGAACAUAUCAGGCAGAGGAUAAUCUAGACUUUCAGCUGCAAAAAUUUAACCCUCAGCAUUAAACCAGAGGCAGAGGAGUUCAUUAGUUGCAGCGUCCUCAACCUGUUAUCAUUUUGUACAUGUGCACAAGCACCUUCCUGAUGUUUACUUACUUUUUAUGAUGACACUGUAGGUAGAUGUGUGGGUGUGCUGGGUGUGCACUAGCCAAAGAAGACACACUGUAGGCUACUUAUGCAAAAACUUUUUGGUUUACUUUGGGGCAGUUUGUCAAGCAAGGAAAACUGCACCAAAUAAUUUUGCAGUGGGUUUGAUGAGUGAACUGUUAUAAUAUAUUGGACACAUAGGUUAAAGAGUAAAUAGGCAAGUAAAUCAAACAAGCCACGAUCAGAACAUUGGAGCCUUUUAGGCUAACUUUUUACAAACUGCCUCGUGAAACUGGCCCUGCAGUUAACUGGGAUUAUGACUGACUAACUUGAUGCACUUUAACUUUGAGAACUGCCAUAUCAAUGUAGCAGCAGACGUUUGUCACAUUUGACAAAAGCCUGUUCUCAUAUUAACAGUGACUGCAAGGCAGGUUUUCAUUUGACUAUGCAUAUGUACUAAAGACAUUUUAAUAUGUAUGCAGGCAUGUCUUUUAACAGUCAUGAAAGCAGUUUUUUUUAUUAUCAUUUUAUAAAACAAACUCUCUGUUUACUCUCAACAACUUUUUUUUUUUUUUUUGGAUAACACCUAAGGAUAUUUGACACUAUGGACUGUCCUAAAUACUUUUAGAUAUUUAGUUCAACUUUGCUGCCAUCUGCUGUUCACUCAGAACAAAAUAUAUAGAAAUGUGGUAAAAUUAUAGCCGCAAUUAAAUUUAAAAUAACCGAACAGGUUAAUAUUUGGUCUAACUGAGGAAAAACAGGAAACGCAGGGUCAGCAGCACAGGGUGGCUCCACCGGAACGGAGAGAUUUUCCGUUUUGCUGUAGACAAUAGAAGCGGUGAGCACGCUGUGAUGCGUUUGAAUGUGCUUGCCGCUCUUGCCGUAAUCUGAAAGCACGAUGUUGGACAAUCAACUGUAAACCUCUCUGACUAGAAGCCACAUAGUUGCUUCCUAUUUAGAUAAUCUAUUGAUGCUCGUGAAGCACUUUAGAGUAAUUUUUAAGGAUUUGAAAAUCGUCUGGCAUUAUUGUAAGCGUUUGAUGACACUAUGUUUGUGUUUUGUUCUUUGCUGCCUUAUAAUUUGUGUUAAAUUACAGAAUCGUGUGAUCUUAUUUUCCGUGCUGUGCAGGUGGAAAACAUGUUUUGUUUUGUUUUUUAAUACCAAAGAACAGUUUUCAAGCAAACUAACUGGACUUGCUUCUGUUUAGCAAGUUGACAGUCGAGCAAACUGUAAUGUGCACAACGGUGCCAGCAUUAACUCUGAAUGUCAGUAUUGUGCAUCGUUUUCAUAAACAUUUUCUAUCUUUGUGCACUGAGCUGUGUUUAUUUGCCUUCAUGUUGUCGUUUUUUUAUCAGUUCGUGCUUCUCUUUUCCUCUCAUUCAGCGGACGCCUUUUAUGAAGCCUGUGAGACAAUCGGGUGGUUAGGAGAAAUGACUUUUUAAAGGUGAUCACCUGCAUGGUUGCAUCAAUGUGAGGCUGUAGAUGCUGAUAUCACAAAUGAGCGGUUUUAGUGCUGAAAUAAUAUUUUCUUUGAAGUGACACUA